CAUACAAAUUUGAAAUGGAACACAGCCCAAGUCAGUCCGCCUACACGGGCUUUGUGUUGAUGUUCAGGCGGCGCAACAGCGCUGACAGUCCGCGACCAGAUGAGCACCAGAGAACAACAUUACACGCCCGACCAUUAAAAAUAGAGAAAGAGGGAGAGAAAGAAAUAGGUCAGACGGUAUUUUGGGGGGGAUUUGACUGUAAGGGAGUGGAGAGCUGGACUAAAUCAUGGCCACAUCAACGUCUUGCACUGGCUCCACACUACUGCAGCCAAUCAGCGAGAUUAUCGAUCUACCGCUGGACCAGGUGAACUUUGUGGUGUGCCAGCUCUUUGCCCUGGUAAUGGCUUUCUGGUUCAGACUCUACCUGCACCCCAGUAAGACCAGUCCCUUCAUCCGACAUGUAGUCGCCACCCUACUGGGCUUUUAUCUGGCUCUGUUCUGCUUUGGCUGGUAUGCCUUACACUUUCUUGUUCAGAGUGGUCUUGCCUACGGCGUAAUGCUUUUCACAGGAGUGGAGCACAUGCACAAAUACUGCUUUGUGGUUACACUGGGAUACCUCAGUUUCUGCCAAAUCACCAGAGUCUAUGUGUUUGACUAUGGCAUGUACUCAGCCGACUUCACUGGGCCCAUGAUGGUUAUCACACAGAAGAUCACAAGCUUGGCAUUUGAGAUUCAUGAUGGUCUGAUGAAGAGGGAGGAGCAUCUGAAACCCAGUCAAAAGUAUCUUGCUGUCAGAAAGAUGCCAAGUCUGCUGGAAUAUCUGAGUUAUAACUGUAACUUCAUGGGAAUCCUAGCAGGCCCGACCUGUUCUUACAAUGAUUAUAUAGCCUUUAUAGAGGGCAGAUGCUACGAGGCCAAACAUGUGGAGUCAAACGGCAAAGAGAACUGCAAAUUCAAGCAGAGUGACCCUUCACCUAAGAGGGAUGUGAUCCAGAAAUUCUGCACAUGUGCUCUGUCCCUACUGGUGUAUUUGGUGAUCUACACUGCGUGCCCCACUGACCGUGUCAUCGAUGACUCCUUCAUGGCCUCUAACCCCUUUUACAUCCAGGUUCUGUACCUCUACAUCUCCAUGCUGGCCUUACGCCCAAAGUACUACUUUGUGUGGACGUUAGCUGAUGCCAUCAACAAUGCAGCUGGUUUUGGCUUUAAUGGCUACAACACAGAUGGCACACCAAAAUGGGACAGAAUAUCAAACUUAAGAAUACUGGAUAUUGAGUUUGCCACCAGCUUUAAGAUGUUCCUGGAUAACUGGAACAUUCAGACAGCCCUUUGGUUAAAAAGGGUGUGUUACGAACGCUGCCCAUAUAAUCCAACAGCAGCCACUUUUCUCCUCUCUGCCAUGUGGCAUGGAGUGUACCCGGGGUAUUACCUGACUUUCAUCACAGGCAUUGCCAUGACAAUGGCAGCACGGGCAGUCAGACACAAUGUGAGGCAAUACUUCCUGGGCUCAUCCACACUCAAGGUCAUCUAUGAUGUGACCACGUGGGCCAGCACACAGAUCGCCAUAUGCUACACUGUUGUGCCAUUUGUACUGCUGACAGUAGGGCCAUCGCUAAAGUUUUAUAGCUCAUGGUACUGCGGCAUUCACCUGAUCUGCUUGUUGCUGGUGCUGGUGUUACCCGUGAAGUCCAGACACUCACACGUGAAACAACAGGAGCAGCAGAGCAGCAUUCAGACCAGCGAACACAACUGCCUCUCCUCUCCAGACAGCAACUGCAAUGAGAAGCAGAUAGCCACAUGAGGGCGGCAGGGAGGGCCGCUCGCUCGCACACGCUGCUGUGAGAAGCUCUGAUAUCAAUACUGAGAGACACAGAGUGGCCAUUUCCACCCUCAGAUCCAACAGUGACAUUACCAAGGCACAAACUGCAGCAACAAAACAGAGAAAAGAGACGACGAACCCAUAAUUGCCCGAUGGAGUUGGAUUUGCUUUGGUUUUAUAUAGGAAAAACCUUCAUUGUAUCUUAUGAAACUGGGGGUAUUCUUGAUUAUAGGAUGCAGAAUAAAUGACUAAAAUGUCAGUAAAUCUGAAGUUGCCUUAAACCCUGGAUAUAUUUAGGGCCUAUAGCCUCGUUUUGGGAUCAUGUUACGUAGGAAUGGACGGUCAUUGUUGGCUUAUAGCAUCACUACAUUAGUGCAGGAAGUCUAGCACUGGAAUCAGCUUCCAAGGUACCAAGAUGAUUCUGCCAUUUGUCAUUUUAAACAAAGUAACCUCUGUUCGAGUUUUCUCAAAAGUACAUUUUUGUGUUGCCAAACUCAUAGGCCUUAGGUUCCUAUCUCUUGCCAUCGGUUGAUCUUUAUUGAAUGAUAAUAGAGCUGUUCAGUUAUGACGUCAGUUUGUAGACCAACAUGGAAGGCUAAUUCGCCAUGGGUUCCCUCUGGAAUUUCUAAUGGGUUUUUAGAAAGGUGGUUUUCAAUUUAUGAGUAAAAUAAGGUCUGUAGUUAACAUUACAAGAAAAAACGUUUUGUAUAAACAUGCUUGAUACAGUAAAUCAUGUACAGUUCACCAGACAACCGUCGCAGUCCUUAUGUAGCAUCACAUUAAUUUAAGUUUAAGGUAUGACGGUGUAAUUUAUGUUGUAUAACAAAACGUGAAAGUCUCGAAGUAAUUUUAACCACAGACUAUAUUUUACUCAUAAAUACAAUCCUAUUAGAAAUUCCUGAGGGAGCUCAAAAAUGCUAAUUCUUGGGUUUUAGGACUACAAACUGAACAGCUCUAUUUCUGUGGUUUUCUAGUAGGUUCAGUCUGCUGCUUUCUCUGGCUUGUCAACCUUUGUUGGGAACAUGGGUUGAUAUUAAAGGGUAGGUGCCUUCAUUUAAAAUAAUUGUUCUUCUUUCUAUGAUUUCAGUGGUUUUUAUGUUGAUUUUUAUUAAAGGAUUUCUGUUUCAUUAAGGGUUGUAUUUGUGACAUUGUUUAUGGAUUGUAGGUUUCCUCAGGGCUCGCAGGUCUUAUUUUAGACUUAUUUGUUCUAUGAUCUACACUACCGGUCAAAAGUUUUGAAAGACUCUUUUUUUUUUUUUUUUUUUUGUAAAUAAUAGUAGUCAUUAAAACUAUGGAAUAACAUAAAUGGAACUAUGGGAAUUAUGUUGUGACUAAACAAAAUCCAAAUUAAAUCAAAACUGUGUUAUAUUUUAGCAUCUUCAAAGUAGUCACCCUUUGCCUAGAAUUUGCAGACAUGUACUCUUGUUGAUAUAAGCGUCCGCACACAGGUUUUACCUAUGGUUAGUGAAUGAGACCCAGUAUUUCUCAAUAUCACAAUUUGUUUAUUCAAAUGUAUUUUUAUGUUACAGACAUACACAAGUGCAAUAUCUGUAUUUCAUCCUUUUUUUAUUUUUGUGCAUGUUGAGUGAAAAGAUGGCGUUUAUUUUUUGCAAGCAAUGCUAGUGCUCUUAUCAAGCUACAACAAUAGUCAUAAUUUGGUAGUUGUUCAGUACACGUAUACAUGCAUUACUCCGUAAUUGGAUACAUGCAAUACUACAUACGGUAGCUGGAUAAAUGCAUCAUUUAUUCAAUGACGGUACUUGACUACUUCUCUGGGUUGGAGUAUUUUUCUAUCCAUCCAUCUGUUUUCUUGGGCCCUAAAGAAACCUGCAACAAUCUUGAUUAGCAAAGUUGAUUUACUUUUUUAUGUCACAUCAUUAUAUUUCUUCAAGUGUUAUCCUCAAAACAAUGUCAGAAAGCCUUGCUCAUGCCACUUCAUCUUAGUGCUCCAAAAUAAGAGCAAAUGUGUGUUUUCUACCACAAGUUUCACUCCUUGUGAAAAGUGACUUCUCUGCACAUUAAGUGAGGAAAGUAUAGAUCUUAAUAUGGUAAUGAUGGGCUGAAGGGACUAAAGCAUUUACCAAAGUGAGUUUCACUGCAUAUUUGUUAACUUGUUGAUUAAGACUUCAGAAGUAUUUGUUAGAAUAUCUCAAACUGUAAGAGGAUAAGAGGUGAGUUGAGUGAAAACGUGAGCUGGACCAUAUACAUAGCAAGUUUAGUAACAAGAAAAUGUUCUUCAUGGGGGUAAAGUUGACCAACCUUCUAUCCCUGUGGUUUUGUAAGCACACUUCUCUAAAGUCAUAUUGUAUUUUGAUUCACGGAACACCAGGCACAUAAAAUCAGAUUACAAACAAUUUUAGCAACCGCAAAACCGGUAAGAAGAUCAAUGACAAAUCUGCAACUCUUGUUGGUAUUAUAUGGUUUUGCAAGUGCUGAAAACUUUUUUAGUGCUAAACGAAGAGUCUUGCUCACCAGUCCUGUAAUAAAUAUAAUUUGUCUAUUUUAUUUUUUCCUUUUAUCCGAAAAUGAAAAUUCUGUCCUCUUUUAUUCACCCUCAUGUUCUUCCAAAACCUGUAUGACAUACUGUCCUCCGUGGAACAAAAAAGGAGAUGUUAGGCAGAAUGUUAGCCUCAGUCACCAUUCACUUUCAUUGGAUCUUUUUUCCUAUACAAUGAAAGUGAAUGGUGACUGAGGCUAACAUUCUGCUUAACAUGUCCUUUUGUGUUCCACAGAAGAAAGUAGUAGUCAUAAGGGUUUGGAACAAUGUGAGGGUGGGUAAAAGAUGACUGAAUUUUCAUUUUGGGGGGAACUAUCCCUUUAAUGAAUUAAUUGUGGGUUACCUGCCCAAAGGGAAUAUUUUCUUUAGUAACUAGUGUACUAACCACAUAACCAGCACCUCAAUGCAAACUUGCUUCAAACGUCCAAAGUGCCAAAUCACACGAGGUGCACAAGCUGUACGUCUGCAACAAAAACAUCACUUUAUUUGUAAAGGUUUACAACGGGGUGAGAGGCUUGUACUAAAAAAAAAAAAAAGAGUGAUUAAUUUGGUCUUAAAAGAACGUUAUUUUUCCUACUGACAAUCGGAGAGGUAUUAUUUUUCACUCUCUCCCUUUUUGCACUUUUAGUAGGAAUGAGUCGUGGUUGUGCUAAAGUAGAGAAACUGCCAGAACAAUGCAAGAUACUUGUGAUAUACUCAAUGGUUUGAGUAUAUGGUUACUAGAAAUUAAAUGUUUGAAUUUCCCCACAACGUUA